CAUCAACGUAACUUGGAAGAGGAUAUCAUGAGUGAGACUUCCGGUCACUUCAAACGCAUUCUUGUCAGUCUGGUCCAAGCGAAUCGCGAUGAGAAUCCGAAUGUGGAUUGGAACAUGGUGCGUCAGGAUGCACAGGCUCUGUACCAGGCCGGAGAAAAGCAGUUAGGCACAGAUGAGUCAACAUUCAAUCGAAUUCUCGCCUCCAAGUCGCCCCAGCACGUGCGCGCUGUGAUUGAGGCAUACGGUGAAGUGAGCAAGAAGGACUUUGAACAGGCAUUGAAGUCGGAAAUGAGUGGCGACUUGCUCAGAUCGUUUCUAGCUAUCAGUGAGUUUUCAAUACUAUAA